AUGGCGCGUCAUUGGAGAGGGACGAUGAUGGCGGCGGUCGGUGCACCAGAAGUGAUCACACAGCUGGAAAGCGCUGCCAAAGUUUUAAUGGCACCGCCGUCUAUGGUCAGCACAGAGCAGAGACAGCAUGCUGAACAUGUAUUCCUCUCCUUCAGGAAGUCCAAGUCCCCCUUUGCCAUUUGCAAGCACAUCUUGGAGACCAGUAAGGUGGACUAUGUGCUUUUCCAGGCAGCCACAGCCAUCAUGGAGGCUGUCGUGCGGGAGUGGAUCCUGCUGGAAAAGACCAGCAUUGAGUCACUCCGGGCAUUCCUUCUCACCUACGUUUUGCAGAGACCCAACCUGCAGAAGUAUGUGCGUGAGCAGAUCCUGCUAGCUGUGGCGGUCAUCGUGAAGAGAGGCUCGCUGGACAAAAGCAUCAACUGUAAAAGCAUCUUACUCGAGGUCGGACAGCUCAUCAGCAGCGGGAACCCCGCAGUGCAAACACUGGCCUGCUCCAUCCUGACCGCUCUGCUCAGUGAGUUCUCCAGCUCCAGUAAGACCAGCAGCAUCGGCCUCAGCAUGGAGUUCCAUGGUAACUGCAAGCGACUGUUCCAGGAGGAUGGCCUCCGCCAGAUCUUCAUGAUGACCAUGGAGGUGCUGCAGGAGUUCAGCCGCCGAGAAAACCUCAAUGCCCAGAUGUCUUCUGUCUUCCAGCGCUACUUGGCUUUGGCCAAUCACGUCCUCAGCUGGAACUUCCUGCCUCCCAAUUUGGGGCGCCACUACAUCGCCAUGUUCGAGGCCACGCAGAACGUCACGCUUAAGCCCACAGAGACCUGGAGGGAAGCGCUAUUGGACACACGUGUCAUGGACCUCUUCUUCACUGUACACAGGAAGAUUCGAGAGGACUCUGACAUGGCCCAGGAUUCCCUUCAGUGCCUGGCCCAGCUGGCCUCCAUGCACGGGCCUGUAUUCCCAGAUGAGAACGCCCAGAUCUCUUACCUGGCCCACCUGAUGGAGGGGCUGCUCAGUAUGAUCAAUGGGAUUGAGAUCGAGGACUCGGAGGCGGUCGGCAUCUCUAAUAUCAUCUCCAAUCUGAUCACCAUGUUCCCACGGAGUAUUUUAACGGCACUGCCCAGCGACCUCUUUACCUCCUUCAUCAACUGCCUCACGCUGCUCACCUGCUCGUUUGGACGCAGCGCCGCCCUGGAGGAAGUGCUGGAUAAGGAUGACAUGGUUUACAUGGAGGCCUAUGACAAGCUGCUGGAGUCGUGGCUAACGCUUGUGCAGGACGAGGAGCAUUUCCCUCGCGGCUGCUUCGUGCAGCCAGCCAUCCAAGUUUUCAACUCAUACAUCCAGUGUCACUUGGCAGCUCCCGAUGGCACGCGCAACCUGUCGGUGAACGGGAUUUCCUCUCACGAUGAGGAAGAGAUCAACGAGCUGCAGGAAGACGACAGAGAGCUGUUCUCAGACCAGCUGUCCAGCAUUGGCAUGUUGGGACGUGUGGCAGCUGACCACUGUAUCCCUCUGCUCACAAGCCUGCUGGAGGACCGAGUAACACGACUGCACGGCCAGCUGCAGAGGACCCAGCAGCACCUUAUGGCCUCGUCUGACCUCGGAUCAGUGGACCGUAAAGUCCUGGAUGACUUAUAUGAGGACAUUCACUGGCUCAUACUGGUCUCAGGUUAUCUACUAGCAGACGAUCCUCAGGGUGAAACCCCGCUGAUCCCCUCAGAGGUGAUGGAGUUCUCCAUCAAACACUCAACAGAGGUGGAUAUCAAUACAACGCUGCAGAUCCUCGGCUCACCGGGAGAAAAGGCCUCGUCCAUACCGGGCUGCAACCGCACAGACUCUGUGAUCAGGUUGCUGUCAGCGGUGUUGAGGACGUCAGAAGUGGAGUCCAGGGCAACCAGAGCGAAUCUGACGGAGCUUUUGAGCCCGCAAAUGGGGAAGGACAUCGUGUGGUUCCUCAGACGAUGGGCUAAGACGUAUCUGCUCGUGGACGAGAAGCUCUAUGGGCAGAUCAGCAUCCCCCUCAGCACAGCGUUUGGUGCCGACACAGAGGGGGCCCAGUGGAUUGUGGGAUAUCUCCUGGAAAAGGUGAUCAACAACCUGACCGUGUGGAGCUCAGAGGCUGAGCUAGCCAACGACACCGUGGAGCUGCUGGUGACGCUGGUAGAGAAGCGGGAGAGGGCAAACAUCGUGGUGCAGUGUGAGAGCUGGUGGAACCUGGCGAAGCAGUUUGCCAGCCGCAGCCCACCUCUCCACUUACUGUCCAGCUCCGUGCAGAGGACUCUGAUGAAGGCUCUGGUCCUGGGAGGCUUUGCACAAAUGGACUCUGAUGCCAAGCAGCAGUACUGGGCUGAGGUGCUUCACCCGCUCCAGCAGCGUUUUCUUAACCUCAUCAACCAAGAGAACUUUGCUCAGAUCAGCCAAGAAGAAGCUGUCAAACAGGAAAUCGUCGCUACGUUGGAGGCGUUGUGUGGCAUCGCAGAGGCGACGCAGAUCGACAACGUGGCCUCGCUCUUCUCUUUCCUCAUGGACUUCCUGUCCAGCUGCAUUGGCCUCAUGGAGGUUUACAGUAACACACCGGAAACAAUCAACCUCAUCAUUGAGGUUUUUGUGGAAGUGGCUCACAAACAGAUCUGUUACCUGGGAGAGACCAAGUCCAUGAAGCUGUACGAGGCGUGCCUAACGCUGCUGCAGGUCUACUCCAAAAACAACCAGAGCAGGAAGCGAAGCGAUGCCACGGCCGAGGAGGACCAGUACCAGGACCUGCUGCUCAUCAUGGAGCUGCUCACAAACCUGCUCUCCAAAGAGUUCAUCGACUUCAGCGACACAGAUGAUGUGUUUCGAAAUCAAGACCAGGGAACACCAGCAUCCAAUCGAACAGUAUCCGCUGCAGAUGUCGUUCUCUAUGGUGUCAAUAUAGUUCUUCCGCUCAUGUCUCAGGACCUGCUCAAGUUCCCCUCUUUGUGUAACCAGUACUACAAACUCAUCACCUUCAUCUGUGAGAUCUUUCCAGAAAAGAUCCCACAGCUGCCAGAAGACCUCUUCAAGAGCCUCAUGUUCUCCCUGGAGCUGGGAAUGACCUCGAUGAGUUCUGAAAUCAGCCAGCUGUGUUUGGAGGCUCUGUCUCCUCUGGCUGAACAGUGCGCUAAAAACCAGGAGAAGGACUCUCCUCUCUUUAUCGCCACCCGUCAUUUCCUCAAGUUGGUGUUUGACAUGCUGGUCCUGCAAAAACACAACACAGAGAUGACCGUGGCGGCAGGAGAAGCCCUCUACACACUCGUGUGCCUGCACCAGGCGGAGUACUCGGAGCUGGUUGAGACUCUGCUGUCCUCUCAGAGAGACGCCAUAAUCUACCAGCGGUUAGCCGACGCCUUCAACAAGCUGACGGCCAGCAGCACGCCGCCCACCAUGGACCGCAAGCAGAAGGUUGCCUUCCUCAAAAGCCUGGAGGAGUUUGUCGCCAACGUCGGCGGCCUGCUCUGCGUGAAAUAACCACUGGAAAACCAAACCGGCCUCUAAUCAUCGUCGUUCUGAAAAGCAACCAAUCAAAGACGCCCCCUGCUUCAUCCCUGAGAACUAUGGGUAGAAGGGACGGCUGAAAGCCUCGGAGGACCUCUCUGGCAGCUGGGGCGGGUUGAUCUCAUGCCUGAAUGUUUACCCUGUUUUCACCUCCUUGGAUGUCUUUUUUUCCCCCCCCUUUUCCUUUCCUACUGUUACACCCGCCUGCCCAGCACGAUCAGCAGACGCGAUGAAGAGGAGGAGGAGCUAAUUGUGGAGACUAAACUGCUGAGCAGAUGGACUCAGAGGUUCAUGUUAGACUGAAGCAACUGAGCACGGACUGUCAAGCAGCACCCAAUGAUUGCUGUUGUCCUCCCUUUCCACCUCCUCCUGCUCCUCCUCCCCCUCCUCAUGUGCCUGGAACUUUCUGGAGCGCGCACGCACACACACACACACACACACACACACACACACACACACACACACUCUCUCUCACACAUACACACACACACACAGGAACAUAGAGACCGACACUAAGGGCAAAACAAGUUACUGUUCUUCAGGUUUUGUAUGCAGUUAAAGGCAUUAGAGGGGCCAACCCACCCUAGUUCAAAUACUCACACACACACUCUCUCACACGUCACCCCAAUCCUUCCCAGAGUGCCUUUGUUCUGCCGAUUGUUCUCUAUGUGUGUGUGUAUGUGUGUUAAAAGGAGAGAGAAUCAUGCCAUACGAAAAAUGACAACCAGUAAGGACCGUGCCUGCCAAAAACCUAAGAAGACAUACAAAGCAUGAGGUGUGGCCGGCUGUCUUUGAGGCUGCUGAUGCACUCGGAACAGGAGGACAUUUGUUUGUUGGGAACGUCAGAAAACCAAAUUGAGAUUGUGUUUGACUAAAGGGUGUAAAUAUCUAUAAAUAUAUAAUGUUUUCAAGGCUGAUACCCUUCAGAAAUGUACGUUACGGGGAUUAAAGAUGACGGAAAUGUUUUUAUACACCAGUAAAAGGCAGGCAGAGAUGUACGAGUUCAAUAAUGUAUGAAUUCGGCUAAAGAGGGAGCAAUUUUCUCGCUGUUGACCUUUGCUGUUUGAUAUAGUUUUUUUGUUUUUUUUCCCUUCCUAUUUGGAUUGUAGUUUAUAUUGUGGCCCCCUGCCUCUGGACACAUGAAGGCCAGAGACAGAUGGUGCCUUGAAAGUUUAGCAGGAUGAUUUUAUUAGUAUUUUUCUACAGCAGCACCUCCACCCGAUCACUCUUCAACACACACACUGGAUAUUACAGAGACUGUUUGAGUUGAAGGACAGCAAUAACAAACCAAAUAAAAAGGAUCAGAGCCACUUGCUGAAGCAUUAUGUUGGAGACAGAACCCUCCUCGUUCAGAGUCCUAUCCCUGUUAUUGUAGAUGGCUGUUUUGUUAAUGAAGUGUAAAGUGUACAUAA